UAGCAAAAUGUUGCUGAGAAAAUUCAAUUUCACAAUUUUAUGGAAAAUUUUGUGCCUUUGUGUGAUUGUGCUCAGCCCCAAAAAUGGUGUCAACCUGGUGGCGACGGCUGAAAAAAUCAAUUAUAUGCUAGUUCAUUCGUGGGCUGAUAAAUUGGGCAUGGAAUUAUUUCAUUUGGGUGAUUUCAUUACACGCCGCAAAGAAGUCCAAGAGAGUUUCAAACAGGCCCAGGUUGUAUCAAGAUCUGGAUCAAAAAUUGUGGAGAAUAUGGCCAAUGAAGUGAAAACUAUGAUGGAUUUAAAAAUAAGUGCUGUUCGCCGCAUUAUGGAUACCGCCGAAAAUACUGCCUUAACAUAUCAAAUGGAAAAACCCAACAAAUAUUUUUCUUAUUAUAAUUCGAAAGAAAUGAUUGAGCCACACGAACCAGUACCAACGGAACCGCCACGCGAUCUCGAAGAUGCGGGCGGGCCGAAAAUUUUCAUAACACCUAAAACGAUUGUUCUAACACCGAAAGAGGAAUUUUUUAAUACGCCCGUCAAUAUGACUGUUAGCUCAGUGCAUGUGCCGACGAAUGUUUACGAUAGAGCAUCGGACACCAUAAAAGCCAUUGAAUGGUCUGAAAAUUUGGAUCAAAUAUUUCGUGAUAAUUAUAAAAACGAUCCGACGCUGUCGUGGCAAUUUUUUGGUAGUUCGACCGGCUUUAUGCGUCAAUUCCCGGCAUCGAAAUGGAAAAUGGAACCGGUCGAUUUGUAUGAUUGCCGUUUACGGCCAUGGUAUAUGGAAGCGGCGACAAGUCCAAAGGAUGUCAUCAUCCUAUUGGACAGUUCAGGCUCUAUGAUGGGGCAGAGGCUAGAUAUCGCAAAGCAUGUUGUAUAUACAAUACUUGAUACAUUAGGUACAAAUGACUUUGUGAACAUCUUCACCUUUAGCGAUAAAGUCAAGCCUGUUGUUGGAUGUUUCGAGGAUACACUCGUUCAAGCAAAUCUUGGCAACAUUCGAGAGCUCAAAGAGGGAAUUGAGACAGUUAAAACCGUGUCGAUCGCCAACUUCACCGCUGCAUUGACAAAAGCCUUUGAGGUUUUGGAACAAUUUAGGACCGAAAAUCAUGGGGCUCAAUGCAAUCAGGCAAUCAUGAUUGUUAGUGAUGGUGCACCGUUUAGCUACGAAGAAAUUUUUGAACUAUACAAUUGGCAAAAUUUACCCUAUAAACCGGUGCGCGUAUUCACCUAUCUAAUUGGCAAAGAAGUGGCCGACGUUAAGGACAUCAAAUGGAUGGCGUGCGCCAAUCAGGGCUACUACGUUCAUUUAGCCGAUACGGCUGAGGUGCGAGAAAUGGUAUUGAAUUAUAUACCGGUUAUGGCACGGCCAUUGGUAUUGGGACGACACGAUCAUCCGGUAAUAUGGACACAAGUUUAUGCCGAUGUUGAGAAUACCGAAAUGUCCGAUUAUCUAUGGCAAAAUGAACAAAAUAAUGAUCAAAAAGAAAAUAUACUGGAAUAUAGACGAGUAAGUUUUCGUAUGCUGGAUCCGGAUGAGGUGCGACGACGUGAAUAUCGUCGAAUGAGAAAAGCGUGGGACCAACCUACUGACACCGAUAUUUAUAAGUUUAUGACCACCGUUUCAAUGCCAGUCUAUGAUCGUCGUGAAAAUGCCAAUAUCACCGAACUGGUUUUGAUAAAUGAAGCCCUAUGGGAAUUACAAACACGUGAGACGAAAGUUGCCAAUUUACUGGGUGUUGCCGGUACAGAUGUGCCAAUACGGGAUAUCAAACGUUUGCUGUCACCAUUUUUGCUUGGAGUAAACGGGUAUGCCUUCAUUGUCACCAACAAUGGCUAUAUAUUGUUCCAUCCAGAUUUUCGUCCAAUUUUUCAAGGUUAUAUACUAAAACCGGCCUAUAAUAGUGUCGAUAUGAUUGAAGUUGAAUUAUUGGAUGAUGAUCGACCUCCCAGAGAUUUUAAUCCAGUGCUACUGACGAUACGUGAUUCGAUUAUAAAUCAAUCAACCGGUAGCAAAUGGAUGUUGGUUAAAAAUCAUUUCGAUGAAAUGAAAAGGGUGGCUCGGGUUAAGCGCCAAUAUUAUUGGACAGCUAUUAAAAAUACACCCUUCACCUUGGUGAUAACAUAUCCCGAGCUAUACGGUGUUAAUCGUCUUCAGAUCCGCACCGAAGAUGAAAUACAUCGUAUGAACAUUAAGGGCAGUAACACGCUGAGCUUUUUCAAUGGCAAACGUUGGAAAAUCCAUCCCAAAUGGCUAUAUUGCAAACACAGCAACAUGACAUUCGAUUCACCCGAAGAAGAACUUUUAUGGUUUUUGGGUAAAAUGUCACAGCCAGGAUGGAAAUGGCCAUCAAGCCGCAGUUCACUGCCUCCCGAGCAUACAGCAGCCAUGUUUUCUAACACAUCAACUGGACGCAUUCCACCACUCGAAAAUUACUAUUGUGAUCGGCAGCUGAUGCAAUCGUUGGUAUUCGAUGCUCGUGUUACCGAAUGGUUUUCCAAAAAUACCAGUUUUAAUUCCAAAGAUGACAAGGGAAAUGAGUUUAAAACACGUUUCGGUAUUAAUGUGGCAUUUUUGGCCACACACAGCGGCCUAACGAGAUGGCAGGAAUUUCAUUCUAAUAUUGCCGAAGAAGUGGGACCGGGUGAGAAAUUCAGUGAAACCAAUAACAAGGCCAUUGAUGAAAUUUGGUAUAAACGUGCCGUCGAUCAACAUUUUGUGCGCGAAGAAAGUUUCGUGUAUUCCGUGCCCUUUGAUGCUGGUGAAACGACGGUCGAUCCCAUUGUCACUGCUAGUCAUGCUAUAUUCCAUACCGAGGGUGGUAAAUCGGCACCCGCGGCCGUUGUUGGCUUCCAGUUCCAAUAUAGUGCUUUACACAAGCUGUUCCGCAACAUAACGGGAAAUGCCUGUGCUGCCGACGAUAAGGCCUGCUAUGUCCUAGAUAAUAAUGGCUUUAUUAUCGUAUCUUUGAAUCGUCACGAAACGGGUCGUUUCUUUGGCGAAAUAAACGGUGCCAUUAUGCAUCGUUUAGUCGAAGAGAAUGUUUAUAAAAAAGUUACGGUCUAUGAUUAUCAGGCCAUAUGUUUUGUACCGGAUGGCGAUAUGAAUUCAUCGCCGAAUAUGUUAGCGCCUCUAGUCCAUGUAUUGAGAGCCUUUAGAUGGUUACUAUCCACAUUAGUGCUAUUCUUAUUAGAAAUUAGUAGGGUUGCCGCCGAUCUCUUCGAACAUUAUGUGGAUGAAAAUAUGACAGAUUAUAUGGUAAAUGUUAAAAACAAUGAAUGGGUACGUCUGGUCACGCUACAGAGGACCAGACUGAAACAAUGUGACAUGCAACGUGACCUCUACACGUUGUACAAUGCAACCGGCAAUGUUGCCUACAACAUGACGGCACAUGGCUGCGAACGGCCAUUUGUCGUCCUUCCCAUACCGGCCAGCAAUUUAAUAUUGCUGGUCAUCGAUAAGCUAUGUCCGCGCGAUGUAUCGCACGUCUUGACCGUUAAUCCGAUGGAUAUAAAUUAUCCAUUGGAUGAGAAUCAAACAUUGGCAUGUUUCAAAAAGGAUCAUGAAUUUUCAAGAGUACGUCCGACCAGUUGCAUAAAUAAACAUAUAAAUGAAAGCAAUAUUGAAUUAUGCGGCAGUGCUUCGAGUAUUUUUAUAAAUAUUUUCCUAUUUAUUAUAGCCUUAUGUUCCAGUCGUUUUCUCUAACAUAGCUUUAUUAGAACAUUUAAU